CUAGUAAUGGACAUGUGCGCGGCCAUGUCGAUAGAUGAGAUCGAAAUUAUAAAUCCCUCACGAAUAUUAAGUCUGUUGCCUUCUGACGCCCGGCACCUAUCCGGCUAAUGUGCACUGUCAUGUACUCAGCCUCAGCAGAGCAUAGUACGGUGUAUGUUAAGCUGGUUACGGGAACCGCCAUAGCGUGGUCGCUGUCGCACGUUGGGUUAGACUUAACUGAGUCUCGGUAAAAUGGAUGGACGACUCAGAGGUAGUAAGUUGGGGUCAUCAAUGGCAAGUCGGAUGAUUUUACUCACUCAUCCAGCCAGGAGUUGGAUCUUUAUGAUUUAAUUGGAACUCUAUUCCUAACCAAAGUAGUCUGCUUGUAAGACGUGCCUCAGCCAAUUACAAGUACGGUGAAAAGGUGUCCUGGUCCGGUUGCAGUAAUAUUGUUCGCCCAACACCAGACCAAGAGCUGAGAGCCCGGCUCAUCAGUUGGAACUAUGUUCCUACCUAAAUAGUUGUCUUGUGGAGUAACGCCCAAGCGGAACGCAAGAUAAUGAAAUAUGGAUCUUGGCCCACUAGAGGUUUCGCCGGAAAGCUACGAAUCAAUAUCGAGGGUUAUUGAUUUGUUAAAAAUAGUGGGAGAUAAUUAAUUAAAGGCCUAAUUAAUUAUUAAACAUGAUAGAUAACCUAGUUUGCAAAAUUUUCUGUAGAUGGCAAACAACAACAACCCUUUUAACCUGCGUUACAUCCUGGAAAACAACAAGUUAUCCGGGACCAACUUUCUUGACUGGGAGAUGAACCUCCGGAUCGUUCUUGACUGUGAGAGGAAACUCUACAUCCUCGAAACGGAUCCUCCCAAGACCCCUGAUGCUGAUGCUCGUGUGUUCGAACUCACUUCCUUCAAGAAGUAUGAGGACGACGCGCGAGAUGUAAAGUGUAUCAUUAUGGCCAGUAUGACCGCGGAGCUCCAAAGGCUCCACGCGGACAUGGAAGUGCGUCCUAUGAUACAAUGCUUAAAAGACCUUUACCACGGUCAACCCCAAAACUCAGAACUUGCAUGAAUGUAGACAAUUGACGGAGGGAGAGAUACAACUAAAAGUCGGCAAUGGCGCACUCGUCUAUGCAUUGGCCGUCGGAACCUAUAGUUUAUCUCUACCUAGUGGUCUAAUAUUGCAUUUGAAUAAUUGUCUGUUUGUACCUAGUAUGAGCAGAAACAUCAUUUCUGUAUCCUCCCUUGACAAAGCAGGAUUUACAUUCAUUGUAAAAGACAAAACUCUUUCUGUGUUUAGAAAUGAUAUAUUUUAUGCAAGUGCAAAAAUGACCAACGGUCUCUAUGUACUUGACAUGGAUACCACAAUAUAUAACGUAGAUGUUAAGAGAAACAAAUCUAACACUUUGAAUCUCGCGUACCUUUGGCAUUGUCGUUUGGGCCACAUUAACGAGAAACGCAUAUCUAAGUUACAUCGUUCCGGUGUACUUGAUUCAUUUGACUUCCAGUCAUAUGAUGUAUGUAAAUCUUGUUUACUUGGUAAAAUGACAAAGGCUCCAUUCACUGGUCACG